CAUUCUCACCGCCUGUCUCUACCAUGUCAUUGGCUGGCGCGUCCGUUUCAGCGACUUCUUGUACCACCCUUUCAUUCUCUCUAAUGUACUCUCACGGCUCGGUCUUCUCACGAUUUUCCUUUUGCACGCAGCAUUACUUGCGCAUAUCCGUUUGAAUGGAGACGCGCGACAUGCAGUUUCAGAGUCGCUUCACUGCAGCCGCCCGGUCAUCAAACCAAUCCAGCGAACGCGUUCGCCCUUUCAAGCUCUACAUACAUCCGCUUUCCGUUCUAGGAAGGCUCACCAUACUAAUUGUAUCACGUCACGAUUUCAACAUGUCACGCGCAGCCUUGCUACAUGGGCAGCAUCAUCGUACCGUCUUCCGCCGCGACAGCAUCCUCCUGAAAGACCAACCGCGAUACCACACACUUGCAUGGGUGGCGCUAUGGCCGACGAUACUUGAAAGUGUUGACGUGGUUUGUCUUCACAACCUCGUCAUAGCAUAUCCGAAAUAUGAGUCUACAAGCAAGGUUGAUUACUGUGUUGGACUCGCACCACCUCUCAAAUUACAUGACGCUUGCCAAGAACAUUCCAUAUUUAGACACAUGCUCCGACACACCAGGAUUCUUGAACCAAUUGUACAUGCGUCGCCCAAUCCUGCUUCGCGGAGCAUCUUAGCUCAAUCUCUGGAGAUCUGCUUGCCAGUUGCCUGCUAAGACGUGCUUGCGGCGAGCGCCGCGUUCAUGAAAACUACUCGCCAAUCUCACUGACUAGCUGGUGUCACCUGCCCUCCAGUGCCCGGAAACUGCUGAGCUGACAGAAACGGCAUCAAGAGCGACCCGCUCCAUGCCGAACAACCAGGAUACCGGGAUUGCAACCCGAUCGUAAAGUCGAGGCCUGCUGAGGCAAGCUGA